AUGAUUGGUAUGGAGGAAGGGGUAAAUACAAUUUUGGAGGGUGGACGGGACGAACGAUCAAUCGUUACGGUUGGCCCGAUAGUUCCGGAAGAUGGAACCGGUAUGACGAUUUCGAUCGUCGCGGAUGGUAUGGCAACCGAGGAUGGAAUGGAUACUAUGGAAAUAGACAUGACGGCUGGGAUUCUAUACGUACAGGAGGUCCAGACCAUUGGAGCGGGAAUCCCAGAAGUGGUAACAAUUUUCAUAGUACAGGUAUCGGAAGCAGACAUGAAGGUUGGGAUUCUAUUCGUGGAGGAGACCACUGGAAUCCCGGAAGCAAUUUUGGUAAUACAGGUAUCGGAAGCGGAGUAG